CCGAUACACCUGUGCAAGACUGGAGGGGAGGAGCUGGUACACCUGUGCAAGACUGGAGGGGAGGAGCCGGUACACCUGUGCAAGACUGAAGGGGAGGAGCCGGUACACCUGUGCAAGACUGAAGGGGAGGAGCCAUUAUACCUGUGCAAGACUGAAGGGGAGGAGCCGGUACACCUGUGCAAGACUGGAGGGGAGGUGCCGGUACACCUGUGCAAACUGACUGGAGGGGAGGAGCAGGUACACCUGUGCAAGACUGAAGGGGAG